AUGGCUGCUCCCACUGCCAUAAAGAAAACAGAAGUGCCGCCCGUUGUGGCCCCCGUUCCAGUCCCAGAAGUUGACGAUGAAGAAGUCAUGAUUGACGUUUCUGCCCCAAGUGAAGAAGCACAAGAAGAAUCAUCAAAAACUUCAACAAAUGAAUCACAACAAGUUGUCUUGGACGAAAGCGGAAAGCCCAAAUUCUCUGCUGCAUCCAAGUCUGGGAUGAAAGUCAAGUUGGAAUCCAGAAAAGUGCCUGUUCCGCCUCAUAGAAUGACACCAUUGAAAAGCAGUUGGACCAAAAUCUAUCCCCCACUAGUUGAACAUUUAAAAUUGCAAGUUAGAAUGAACUUGAAGACGAAAACUGUUGAGUUAAAGACUAACAAACACACCACAGAUGUUGGUGCCUUACAAAAAGGUGCUGAUUUCGUCAAGGCAUUUACAUUAGGAUUCGAUAUUGAUGAUGCUAUAGCAUUAUUGAGAUUGGAUGAUUUAUAUAUCGAAACAUUUGAGAUCAAAGAUGUUAAGACAUUACAAGGAGAUCAUUUAAGCAGAGCAAUUGGUAGAAUUGCUGGUAAGGAUGGUAAAACCAAAUUUGCCAUUGAAAAUGUCACCAGAACAAGAAUUGUAUUGGCAGAUUCUAAAAUUCAUAUCUUGGGAGGAUUCACCCAUAUUAGAAUGGCAAGAGAAGCUGUUGUGUCAUUGAUCUUGGGUUCUCCUCCAGGUAAAGUGUACGGGAACUUGCGUACAGUGGCAUCAAGAAUGAAGGAACGGUAUUAA